AUGUAUUUAUAUAAAAGUAUAGAAAAAGGAUCUUUUAAAUGUGUAAAACUACAGGUACUGAACUCUCGUGAAGAUCCCGAUGGUGGUGAACAACAGUACCUCAUAAAAUGGAAAGGCAAAGCUUAUGUUCAUUGCGAAUGGAAGAGUUUGAAGGAGUUGGAGGAAGUCGAUAAGCGUGCGGUGGCAAAAGUGAAACGUUUUCGCCAGAAGAAAUCUCAUUCCAACAAUGAUUUGGAAGAUUUCAAUAGCGACUACACAAUUGUUGAUCGUGUUGUGGAUGUCGGAAAGGGAGAUGAUGGUCUCGAAUAUGCGUUGGUGAAGUGGAAAAGUCUCGCAUAUGACGAAGUAACAUGGGAGCCUAUCGGAUCCAUCCCAGAAGAGAAGGUGUCCACCUGGAGGAAAUAUCAAAUAAUUGAUAAAGCAAAAGUUAAGGAGAAGCCCCGCCCUAAAGCUAGCGAAUGGGCUAAAAUACCAGACGAUAUAAUCUGGAAGGACGGAAAUACUUUACGAGAGUACCAGUUUGAAGGAGUUGAUUGGUUGUUAUACUGCUAUUAUAAUGAGCGUAACUGCAUUCUAGCUGAUGAGAUGGGCCUUGGUAAGACAGUUCAGACCAUAACGUUUUUAUCGCAGGUGUACGAGUAUGGAAUCCAUGGUCCAUUUUUAAUUGUCGUGCCAUUAUCCACAAUCCAUAAUUGGGUUCGAGAAUUCGAAACGUGGACAGAUAUGAACGCUGUGGUUUAUCAUGGGAGUCAACAUAGUCGUGACGUUAUUCAGCAGUAUGAAAUAUAUUAUGCUAAACAUCAUUCGGCAGGAAAUAAGUUGUGGAGGAAAAAUCUGGUAAAGCUAGAUGCAUUGAUCACUACGUUUGAAAUGGUUGUGACGGAUUGCGAAUUCUUGCGGAAGAUCCCAUUCAGAGUCUGUGUAAUUGAUGAAGCUCAUCGACUGAAAAAUAGAAAUUGCAAAUUAUUGACAGGAGGGCUACAUGCUUUGCGUAUGGAGCACCGUGUUUUACUUACGGGAACUCCAUUACAGAAUAACAUUGAGGAGCUGUUCUCAUUACUCAAUUUUCUGCAUCCCCAACAAUUCAGUAGCUCAGCUGCAUUCCUUGAGCAGUUUGGGCAAUGUCAAUCAGACGAACAAGUGCAGAAGUUACAAGAAAUUUUGAAACCGAUGAUGCUACGUCGUCUGAAGGAAGACGUUGAGAAAUCACUUCAACCAAAAGAGGAGACCAUCAUUGAGGUGCAACUUUCGGAUACACAAAAGAAGUUCUAUCGGGCCAUUCUUGAGAGGAACUUCACACAUCUUUGUAAAGGUACAUCGGCGCCAUCACUCAUGAACGUAAUGAUGGAGUUGCGUAAAUGCUGUAAUCAUCCUUUCUUGAUCCAGGGUGCUGAGGAAACUAUUUUAUCGGAGUUAAAAUUACUGCAUCCAGAGUGGGAUGAAGAGACAUUAUCACAUAAAGCUUUAGUGCAAGCUUCUGGUAAAGUGGUUCUCAUUGAAAAGCUGCUGCCAAAACUAAGAAAUGAUGGGCAUAAGGUCCUUAUUUUCUCGCAAAUGGUUAGAGUGUUAGAUCUUCUUGAAGAAUUCCUUGUAAACAUGAACUAUCCAUUUGAAAGAAUCGAUGGGAACGUUCGUGGUGAUAUGCGCCAAGCUUCAAUUGAUCGGUUUUCCAAAAAAGAUUCGGACCGCUUUGUAUUUCUUUUGUGUACCCGCGCUGGCGGGUUAGGAAUUAAUCUAACUGCUGCUGAUACUGUCAUCAUUUUCGACUCGGACUGGAACCCUCAGAACGAUCUGCAGGCGCAGGCAAGGUGUCAUCGGAUUGGCCAAACGAAAAUGGUUAAAGUGUAUAGAUUAGUGACUGCAAACACAUACGAGAGGGAAAUGUUUGAUAAGGCAUCGCUCAAACUCGGUCUGGACAAGGCUGUUCUGCAGUCGACAACAGCGCUCAAAGAGAGCAGUACAUCCUUGAGCAAGAAGGAUGUAGAAGAACUCUUGAAAAAAGGAGCAUAUGGCUCCAUCAUGGACGAGAAUGUCGACGAAGGCAGCAAAUUCAGUGAAGAGGAUAUUGAAACUAUCCUUCAAAGGCGAACUACCACUAUAACGCUAGAACCGGGCCAAAAGGGUUCGCUGUUUGCCAAAGCUGCUUUCAACUCUACAAAUAAUCGCGGCGAUGACAUUGACAUUGAUGAUCCUAAUUUUUGGACUAAGUGGGCCGAGAAGGCGCAAGUGGAUAUUGAAAAGGCCACUGCGACUCCCGAUUGUAAUGAUCUCAUAAUGCAAGAGCCUCGAAAACGCACAAAGCGGUAUUUCGAAGAAAACUCUUUGAAAGAAGGGGAAGAUUCAGAUGGCAGCGACGAGUUGGGUAAAGGGAGAAAGCGUGGUAAUGCUGGUCGUAAACGCAGACGUGGUGAGGAUGAGGACGGUGAUUAUAUAAAUUAUCGUCCAGACGAGUUAGCCUUUAACAAGAGCGAGUACUUCAAGGUGGAGAAGGUAUUAGCGUCCUGGGGAUGGGGUCGAUGGGCUGAAAUGAAAAAAAAUGGAGAUCUCGAGGUGUCGGAGAUGGAUAUCGCUCACAUGGCACGUACAUUACUUUUACAUUGUGUGAGGGAAUAUCGUGGAGAUGAGCGGAUUAGACAAGUCGUUUGGCAACUAAUAGCUCCUCAGGGUGCCAAGAAUGCAAAAGAAGCCAAAGGGUCACAGUCCGUUUAUCACCAGGGCUGGGCGGCUCUUCCGGAAUUCAAUCCGCCGAAUUUCGUUUUGGAUGCGUCAUUUCAACGACAUGUUCAUCGUCAUGCGAACAAAUUACUGGUGAAAAUCGACCAACUACGACAUUUGCAGAAGUCGAUUAUCGGCACUAAAGCAGCUGCGAUCGAAGCUGGAGCGCACUGGUCAUCUAUAGACAUAACUGUACCAACGUUGGUUGAGCCCAUGUGCGAUGGAUGGGAUAUAGAUUGCGACAAAUGUUUGCUGAUUGGUAUCUACAAACAUGGACUUGAUAAUGUGGACAACAUGCGUGCUGAUGAAACUCUGUGCUUUUCGAGCAAGACAAGUUUGCCGGAAACGUUCUUUGGUGUUGCUGAGGUAUCUUCACGUUUCAGAAGGCUCAUUGCUGUCAGUCAAAGAAAUAUCACUGAUCCUGUUUACGAAAAAUUAAGGUGGAGUCGACGAGAGGAGCAGGAAUACAUGCGUGUUUUGCGAUCGUUCGGUAUGAAAGACAAGAGAAACGAUCCAACGAUGAUUGACUGGGAUGCUUUCCGAGCAUUUUCACCAUUACUGGAGAAGAAAAGCGAUGAGGAGAUGCAGGAACAUCUGUAUUGCAUUUUGGCUAUGUGCACCAAGGCGCAAGGAGGCGAGCUAUCCGCUCUAGACACUAAGCGAGCUCUUUCGGUAGAUGCGAUGACUUCCAGGAAAGCGCAGAAACUAAUGAAUCGACUGCAUUUAACGAGAAAAGUGCACGCCUUAGCUGCUGGUUUGGAAAAAGUAACCCCGAUGUUAAAGUUAUGUUCGGCAGAAGCUAUGCCAUCUGGGUGGACCACUCAGCACGAUAAAGAGUUAAUAUCUGUUUGCGAUCAACAUGGUAUCGAUAAUAUUUCGGCGAAUAUUUUGCAGAAGGCUUCAUUUCAAAAGAUUAUCCGACCAACCGAAAAGACAUUACUACGCCGUGUAAUUGAGGUGUGCACAACGGUAGAAACUGGUAAAUGGAACGGAACGGCUACUACGGACAGUGUGGAUGACAGUGAUGCAGAAGAAAGAGCUCGUGCACAACAACAGGUGCUAUUUUUUUUCUUGGCAAACAUCUUGGUUUUUAUUAACUCUUAUGUGCGCCGUGGUCGAAAACGUGCUGUUGAUACAGAUGCACAGAAAAUGCGAGCUUUAAUGCAGCAGUCGAUGUUGUCGCAGAUGGGCGAUCUUCCCUUAGCUGCAGCUAUGCUUCAGUCUGCUAUGUUCAUGCCUCAGCUCAUGGGAAAUAACGCCGCAGCUGCACAGCUUUUGGGGUCUCUAUUUGCAAUGGCUGAAGGUUAUACGGUUAUUGGAGCUAUUAUAUUCAGCUUUAGGUUGACUGGCGCUUUGCUUCCUGCGUCGAAAUGGCCAACGUUAAGCAAGUUGGCUUCAUGGCUUGAUUCGAACCCAGAUGCAAAUGUCCAUAGUAGCAGUGUACCUGUUGCUCAGCUUGUGGUCGGUCUCUCUCAUCCGGAUCGACUUGGAGGUGAAAUUUUGCCUGGCACAAGUGCUACCACGUCUUCUUCCACAUCUUGCACAAAAGCGUCGGAGAAAGUAGCAAGCAGUAGCAACGUUUUCGGAGGUCUGAUCUGCGUUGUUUAUUAA